GAACAGAACUCUGAGUGCAUCCACCCACUGGAAAACUGAAGCUGUCUGAAUUUUUUUUUUUUUUAACAUAUGCCACACAUUUCACAUUUAUCCCACAGGAAGCGAAUGCAGCAUAAAGCAUUUCGAGAAUCAGAUCCAGAGAGAGAGAGAAGGAGAGAGAGGCAACAGCGCAGAUGAGCCCCAAUGAGCAACAGCCGGCUCCUCUUUCAAACGCAAAGCACCACGCUCCGCAUCCCUCACCCACAUGACAGCCGCACACUCACGCACACGCACGCACGCACGCAAGCAGCCCGAGAACCCGAGCGGCAUCAGCCCUCUCUGCCCGUCGCUGCCGGUGGCAGCCCUCUCCGCUUCUCCGCACCGCGAAGCCGUGAGAGGAGUUCCUGCUGCCCUCACAGGCAACAGAAGAGAGCCGCGGAUCUCUGUUUGAGACGGCAGACAAUUAACCAGCGGGGGGGCGGGGGGGAGAGCCGAGUGAGAAAGCGGGGGAAGGCGAGUGAAUACGCUCCAGUCCAGCUACUGGCUCCUGCUGCUGCUGCUGGAGGAGGAGGAGGAAGAGGAGGAGGAGGAAGAGGAAAAGGAAGAAGAGGAGGAGGAGGCUGUGGGCUUGGAGAGACUGGAGCAGCUCCGGUAUCCUGCACAGGCAGCCAGAACGGCUACAAGUGAUCAGAGCAUCUUCAGCCUUAUAGAUGAACAAGCAGCACGGUGCAGCUUCCAGUCCUGGGUGCCAGACCCAGUGAUUGAAACUCACACAGGAGUCAGAGGAAGAAGCAGAAAGGAGAGCCAUGGGGGUUGGCCUGGGCGUAUGUUGGCUGCUGCCUUUCCUCUUCUUGCUGCUUAUGAUCACAGUGUCCUCCACCCAAAGUCAAGGAUGUCCCCAGCGUUGUGACUGCAUUGCGAAGCUGAAGACUGUGUCCUGUUUUGGUAAACGUCUGUCCUCCUUGCCGGAGGGAAUCCCGCCUGACACCAAAGUUUUGGACCUAAGUGGGAAUAAACUUCGCUGGAUAGAACAGGAUGAUCUGCUUCCAUAUACACGCCUGGAGAAGCUGGAACUCAGUGAUAACAUGAUCAGUGUCCUGGAGCCAAAUGCUUUUUCAAGUCUUCAGAACUUGCAGUCACUUUCACUGAGGGGUAACCAGCUAAAACUGGUUCCCAUGGGAGCUUUCUCGCGUCUCUCCAACCUCACCUCCUUAGAUUUGAGUGGAAAUAAGAUUGUAAUUCUUUUGGACUUCACUUUCCAAGACCUAAAAAGUCUUAAGAACCUGGAGGUUGGUGACAAUGAUCUGGUUUACAUUUCUAACAAGGCUUUUCUGGGAUUAGUAGGACUCAAGGAGCUGACAAUUGAGAGAUGCAACCUGACGUCGGUGUCCAGCCAAUCAUUAUCCUAUCUGCACAACCUGGUGAAUCUGCGACUCAGGUAUCUUAGCAUCUCCUCCUUAGACGACCAGAACUUUCGAAAACUUGGAAACCUUAGAGGUCUGGAGAUUGAUCAUUGGCCCUUUUUGGAAUAUAUCUCCCCUCAUAGCCUUCGAGGCCUUAAUUUGUCUUGGCUGUCCAUUACUCACACCAACAUCACCUCUGUGCCCACCUCUGCCCUUCGUAGUUUGGCUCACCUCACUAGCCUCAACCUUUCCUAUAAUCCAAUCACUGUGUUAGAGUCCUGGGGUCUGCGGGAUCUCAUCAGACUGAAGGAGUUGCAUCUGGUGAACACCAACCUGGCAGUAGUUCAACCUUAUGCACUAGGUGGUCUGAGGCAAAUCCGCCUUCUUAAUCUUUCAACCAACAGCUUAGUGACCUUGGAAGAGGGAGCCUUUCAGUCAGUCAACACUCUUGAGACGCUGCGCUUGGAUAGAAACCCUCUUGCCUGUGACUGCCGCCUCCUCUGGAUCCUUCAGCGUAGGAAGACCCUUAAUUUUGAUGGUGCCUCCCCUGUGUGUAUGACCCCUGUUGAAGUCCAAGGCCGGGCUCUUAGUGCUUUCACCGACUCAGCUCUUUUUGACCACUUUACUUGCCAGAAACCUAAAAUUCGCAACAGGAAACUGCAGCAAAUUUCAGCCCGCGAAGGGCAAGUAGUGUCGUUUAUCUGCAGAGCAGAAGGUGAGCCAACGCCGGUGAUAUUCUGGAUUUCUCCUCAGCGUCGACGCAUAACCACAAAGAGCAGUGGGCGACUGACUGUGUUACCAGAGGGCACUCUAGAAAUACGCUACGCCCAGGUAACUGAUAGUGGAACCUACAUCUGCAUCGCUAGCAAUGCUGGUGGAAAUGACACCUACUUUGCUACGCUCACAGUCAGUGGGCUACCACUGGAUGCAGCACUCAUGGCCAACCGCACCUAUUAUGCCGGGGACCUUAACGACACAAAUCUGAAUGACACCAGGGUGUUCUUGAAGUUCACCCUUGACCUCAAGACCAUUCUAAUAUCUACAGCUAUGGGCUGUAUCAUGUUUCUGGGAGUGGUCUUGUUCUGCUUUAUCCUGCUAUUUGUGUGGAGUCGGGGUAGAGGACAGCACAAAAACAACUUCUCGGUUGAAUAUUCUUUCAGAAAAGUGGACGGACCAGCAGCCAGCGGAGGACAGGGGGGAGCACGAAAGUUCAACAUGAAAAUGAUUUGAUUCUGCAGAACCCCUAGUGGUUUCCACUGCUUCAGAUACAAACUAAGACACAAAUUAACAGAACAAAUUAAAUUUGUGCGAAACAUUAAAACCAAUAAUCCACAGGACAUUUUAUUAGGACGAGGUUUUGUUCAGAAAGAAACUUGUGUAUGCAUGCAAAAUGUCAAUCUACAGUAUGAUGCUUUGAUACAUUUCUACUGCUCUUUGUUUUGUUCAUAUAAUUGUGUAUAUAAGUUUAAUUCCAGAGAAGGAAGGCUCAAAACUUUGAACAGACUGUUAAAAGACAAGCAACAUAAGCCCCCACCGUCCCACACGUCUUUAACCUUUACGAAGGUCAUGCCAACACACCUCUUUCCUAAAGGAACUGUCAUCCUCGCUUUUGAAGGACCACAUACAGUAUCUGCUCCAUUUGAACUGACUCAAGCACUCCAACCUGAUGAAGACAUAAUUAGAUGGUGGUGCUCAGUAAUUGCCAAGGACUUGCCAAUAUAUAUAUUUAGAUAAUUCCAGCUAUUCGGUGCAUAAUAAGAGCUCAAUACAGUUAAAACGCCUUCGCUUAUGCUGAUUGUGAUUUUACUAAUGGAUUUUUGAAAAUAGAUCAACUUAGUACCAGUUUCUACAUCACUGCCAAUCUGACCACAGAGCACCAGGCACAGCACUGGCCACAUUUAUGUGCACCAGGGUUAAUAGAUUGUAAAAUGCCUAAAAAUUAAUUAAUCUUUAGUUGCAGAAGCAUGACCUCACACAGAGAUCUUAGGAAAAAUCCAAUCUUUUUGUUGAUAAUUUUUUUUUUUUGCAUUGG